AUGUCUUCUGUUGAUUACUCCACUAAUCCUGAUGCCAAUUCCAACUUACAAAGAAAUCUGGCUGAUUUUCACCCUAACGUUUGGGGAGAAUAUUUCAUUCAAUUUGCUUCUGAGUCUAUGGAACUUGAUCCGAAUAUCGUAGCACAGAUUGAUGCAUUAAAAGGUGAAGUGGGAAAGAUGAUUCUCUCAAAAACUAAAAAGCCAAUAGAAAAAGUCAAGUUAAUUGAUUCAAUAUGUCGUUUGGGUGUGAGCUAUCAUUUUGAACAUGAGAUUGAUAAAGUUAUGCAUCAUAUUUUCAAGAGUUGUGCUGAAAAUGGAGAAAUAAUUCUUGAAGACGAUGUUUGCUCUAUUGCUGUGCUCUUUAGGGUUUUGAGGCAACAUGGAUUUCAUGUUUCACCAAAUGUGUUCACCAAACUCAAGGAUGAGCAAGGAUAUUUCAAUAAAAAACUUAUCUCCGAUGUUGAAGGGAUGUUAAGCUUGUAUGAAGCAUCACAUAUGAUGAUUCAUGGAGAGGAUAUUUUAGAAGAAGUGUUGGCUUUCACUUCCACCAACCUUGAAUCCGUUGCUACCCAAUCAAGCCAUCCUCUUGCAGCGCGAAUUAAAUAUACUUUAAAGCAGGCUAUUCAUAAGAACUUUCCUAGGCUAGAGGCACGACGUUACAUUUCUAUCUAUGAGGAAGAUCCUUUCCAUGAUGAAAUUUUACUCACUUUGGCAAAACGAGAUUUUAAUUUGCUCCAAACCCUACAUCAAAAAGAAUUUGGAAACCUCUGCAAGUGGUGGAAGGAGUUGGAUAUCCCUACCAACUUACAAUUUGCACGAGAUAGAAUUGUGGAAAUGUGCUUUUGGGUGUUGGCUAUGUAUUUUGAGCCACAAUAUUCUCAAGCAAGGAAAAUGACUACAAAAUUAGGUGCCAUAUUAUCAAUAGUUGAUGAUACAUAUGAUGCGUACGGAACGAUUGAUGAAUUAGAACUUUUUUCCAAAGCAAUUAAAAGGUGGGAUAUUAGCAACUUUGACCAUCUUCCAGAUUAUAUGAAAUUAAUUUAUAUAACAGUUUUGAAGGCUUUGGAAGAAAUAGAACAAGAAGUGACUAAAGAAGGAAGACUCUAUACCCUUAAAUAUUACAUAAAAGAAUUCCAAAUGGUAGUCCAUGCAUAUAUGACUGAAGCUAGAUGGCUCAAUAGUAACUAUGUACCAACAAUAGAAGAGUACUUGAACAUUUCAAAAAUAACAUGUUGUCAGUCAUUAUUGAUAACAAGUUCUUACAUUGGCAUGGGUAACACAGCCACAGAGGACAAAUUCAUUUGGGUUUCAAAGAAGCCUAAAAUGGUUGAUGCCGUUGCUACUGUUUGUAGGCUAAUGGAUGAACUCGUAACCAACGAGUUUGAACAUGAAAGAGAACAUGUUUGCUCGUUGUUGGAUUGCAUUAUGAAGCAAAAAGAUGUGUCUAAAGAAGCUGCUACCGAAGAAUGUAAAAAGAGACUUGCAAAUGCUUGGAAAGAUAUAAAUGAGGAAUGUCUAAUGCCAACUGAUGUUCCAAUGCCUUUUAUGACUCGUGCUAUCAAUCUUUCACGUUUUAUGGAUGUUGUUUACAAAGAUAAAGAUAACUACACACAUUCAGAAGGUUUAAUGAAGUCAUACAUCAAAAGUGUGCUAGUGGAUCAAGUUCCAAUUUAA